AUGUUAAAUUAUUUAAUGGAAUUAUCAAGAGCAGUUAAUAGUGCUAAUAAUAAUUUUGUAGAAGAUGUGAUAGAUGAAUCACAAAUAAUAUUAAAGGCUCUAUUAGAUAAUAUAAAUAUAUCAGAUAUUGUUAAAGUAUAA